AUGGCCGAACGCCAACUGCAGCAGAUCCUGUCCCAGCUGAAAUCCCAAGCCUCGACCCUCAGCUACGCCGACGCCGCGCCCCUCCUCUCCAAAGCAAAACUGCAGCUCCUGAAGCUCAACGCCCUGUCGCCCUCCCCCGCCACCACCACCACGCAGUCGUCAUCACCCCAGCAGCCACCGCAGAGCGUGCUCGCCCUCGCCCGCGAGACAUACGAGCAGGGCGCGCUGUACAGCAUCCGCGCGCGCGACCCGGAGGCCUUCACGCGCUACGUGACGCAGCUGGCGCCCUUCUACGAGCUGCCGGCCUCGGUGCUGGCGCCCUCGCUGGCCGAGCGCAACAAGGUCACGGGCCUGUACCUGCUGCUGCUGCUGACGCAGGGCCGCUACGCCGAGUUCCACUCGGAGCUCGAGAGCCUCAGCACCCGCGAGGGCGGCGGCGGCAGCGUCGACGUCGAGGGCGACCGCUUCCUCGGCUACCCCAUCCGCCUCGAGCGCUGGCUCAUGGAGGGGAGCUACGACCGCGUCUGGAAGGCCAUGAAGAGCCGCGAGGUGCCCAGUGAGGAGUUUGGCGUGUUUUCUGAGAUCCUCACCUCCCAGAUCCGCUCCGAGAUCGCUUCCAGCAGCGAGCGCGCCUACCCCUCCCUGCCCAUCUCAUCCACAAAGUCCCUCUUGUUCCUCGACUCCGAGGGCGCCGUCAUCGACUUUGCCCGUUCCCGCGGCUGGAUUCUCAAGGACGGUCGGAUCUACUUCCCCAAGGAGGCGGAGCCCACGGCCGGUGGUGAUGACGACGACGAGGCUGCGGCAGGCAGCGGGAAAGAGGAGAUGAGCAAGCUGGUCAUUGAGAACGCGCUGGGCUAUGCGCGGGAGCUCGAGACUAUUGUAUAG